UCGCUGGGGCAACGGCUGAAGCUCAGUAAUCGUUCUACUUUGGUCGCGUAAACGCGUCUCCGCCGCACAGCAUCCAACUAACUGGCCAACUAAGUGCCUGAAGCAUCCAUAAAUCGGAAAAACUCAAACUCAGUUAGAGAAAGGACUUCGACUUUAAUAAAUCGAGAUACGGUUUAACGGAAAAAAACUUGCACAAAAUGUCACACGGUGAACGCAAAGGACGCCUCAAUGUGGUCAAAUUUCUAGAAUUGGCAUUCUCCGUUGCCUGUUUGGUGCUGCAUUUCUACAGUUUCAACGACCGAGACAUAAUGACCUCAUUCCUGGCCACGGGCACAUUCACCGGAUACAUUAUUGUGGUAAUUGGCGUCUUUGCAGGCGUAUUGAUGCGAGCACCGAUCCACAAGCGCAUCGAUAUAUUCUUUAGCGUGCUGGGCUGCGCUUUGUUUGUGGCCAGCGGCGUCUUCAUUAUCGAGGCUUGGGAGUUCUCCUUUCGGACGCGCACACGUGACUUGGCGCUGAUCAAGGCAUCGCUGUCGAUAGUGAACGGCGUGUUGUUUGGCUUCGACGCCAUAUUCACAUUUCGGGACAAGUGAGACAACAACAAUAAUAAGAAAAGUAGAGAAAACAAAAAAAGGAGCGAUUAAAACCCAAAUGCAUUUAACGUGAAUCCAUUGUACACAUUCAUUUCAUCGCCAAAUGAUGUUUUACAUGAUGUACUUUCAAAACAAAAAGAAAAUAACGCGUUUAUUUUGCGCAAAAUUCUCACUAACAUUCAUACAUACAUUUUUUGUUAUACUUUUUUUUUUUGCCAUAAAUUAUAUGUUUACAUUUAGUGUGCCAUAAUAAUAACUUCUUUUUUUUUUUGUGUGUGUGUCAAUAAAAAAAAUAUAUAUAUAUUCCUGAUACAUGCAUCGAAAGUAUUUAUAAUUGGACUGAGCCCCGCCCUCACACACACACACACACAGACAACAAACAACAGACACAUACACACACACACGCAUACACACACGCAUCCAUCAAUUAGCUGCUGACAUGGAAAAUAAUGGAAAUACUAGCUUUGAACGCCUUUUGGUUUGCAUUGUUAUAGUAGUUAGAUUUAAUUUUAUUGUGUUGUUGUUAUGAUUUUCAUUUUUGAUAGACGUGAGAAUAGUAUCCAACGCCGUCAUCUUCAAACGAUUCCUUUUUGUUUUGUUUUUUUUUAAGUUUUAAGUUCUUUUUGUUUUUUCUUUAUUUUGCAUCUUUGGAUGUUCUUGUUGCUGAUGUUGGUGUUCUUUUUGUUGUUGUUGAUGCUGGAUGUUUGAUGAUGGUGCGCAUCACUUAGGCAGAGUUGUGGAUGUUAAGUCGGAAAAUGUCAUGAGCUACGAAAUAAGUUCCAGCAUUAGUUUUCAGCACAAACACC